CUAACGAGACACAGAAGAAGAGCGUUUCACGUCAACGUCACGACGUUGCGUUCAACGCACCACGUAGAAUGAAGGAGAACGGGCUAGUUUUCUCUGAUUGUGGCAGAAGGAGCCGUCAGCUUAGGGGGGGGCUUCGACUCUCUGCGGGGAUCUGCUUCAGUUUACGAACCGAGAAGAAGCGACGGAUUCUAGGCGACAUUUCAGGCGAUGGAUAACAGCAGCCGGACUGUGGUGGUGACAGGUUUUGGACCAUUUGGAGAACACACUGUCAACGCCAGCUGGGUAGCAGUGCAGGAAAUGAAGAAACUUGGAUUGGGGAACAAUGUGGACCUGCAUGUACACGAGGUUCCUGUAGAGUACCAGAAGGUCCAGAGUUUGGUUCCCUCAUUGUGGAAGCAGUUUCAUCCACGGCUCAUCGUCCAUGUGGGAGUCUCAGGGAUGGCCACCACUGUGACGCUGGAGAAGUGCGGCAGAAAUCACGGCUACAAAGGCCUGGACAACAGCAGCUUCUGUCCAGACUCGCAGUGUUGCAUUGUGGGAGGCCCAGACUGUAUCAACUCAGUUAUUGACAUGGAGUCGGUCUGCAAGAGAGUGACUGCGACGGCCGGACUGGGAGUCGCUGUGACCGUCUCCAAAGAUGCUGGAAGGUAUCUCUGCGACUUCACCUACUACACGUCUCUGUACCUGAGCCGCGGCCGCUCCGCCUUCAUCCACGUGCCUCCUCUGGGAAAGCCUUACAGCGGGGAGGAGCUGGGCCGCGCGCUGCAGGCCAUCAUCAGGGAGAUGCUGGAGCUGCUGGACCAGGCGGAGGACCAGAUCCGCUGCCAGCAGCACAUCCACUAAGUGACCUCCCUGCAGCGUCUCCAGCCCAGCCACACAAGAGUAAUUGCACUUGACCACAAGUAGCCAAAACUUCCUUUUCUUGUUGUUUUUUUUUGCUCUUGUUUACUGAACUUUUGAGAUUUGGCUUUUUUUUUAUAUCACUAUAUAUGUUUCUGUUUUACCUUCGUCACUUCAUGUCUCCCAGCGGUGAGAGGAUAAAACGGGAGACUAAAGGCGACAUUUAAGUUUAAAAUCUGAUUUAAAAGAGAUACACAAAAGCAAAUCGCUGCUUUUGUUUUAUAUUUGGUCACAAGUGGAGAUACAAAGAGUCUGUGAUGUGACGUUAAAUACGAUCUAAAGCCCAAAUGUGACUCCUAUUAAUGCACCUUAUAGGGUUAGGGUUACUGUGAUGGCUGUAGGGGACACAUCUGGGAAUCUGUAGCACCAGAUCAAGAUUUUUUUGCUUUUUUUUUUUACAUGUUCAAUUGCUAAAUACCUAGAAGAUGUCCAUGUAUAUAACACAACAUGGUUUAAGUAGAAAUGUUUAGCUGUAAGCUUCGUUCUCCGCCACCUUUUGAACUCAUCCGUCUUCUUUCCCUUUUGGUGUUGAAUUGUUUCCGAGUCGGUUUUCUUUAUAAGAAGUUGUGAAUUUGCCUUCCUUUACAAAGGUUAUUUAAAUCAGGGAACGGGUUGGUUCCAGCUCAUACUUCCCCAGUUUGUCGGCCCAGUUCUGACAGAAAUAAAUAAAUCUGCCCCGCUGAGAUCUGACCCCGGACUGUGCAAUGAAACUUUACGGAUCUCGUUCACUGGAAACCUUCUCAAAGUCCGUCAGGAUUUUAUUACGGCUGCACACCUGUUCACAAAAUGCUCAAGUUUUUAAGUUUCCUGGCAGAAAUUAAAAAUAAAUUAUUUAUUUUAAGGUUAGUAAACAAAGAAAAUACUGGAAAAUGUUUGUUUCUCCCAUUUUAGUGUUUCAGAUCAGAGGAGAAUCUGAGUCAAAGAUUCAAAUUUAAUUUCUGAAAGAAACAUUCUGGCCCUUUGGAAAUUCACUUUUCAUUCAUAAACAGUUUGGUUUUUCUUUUUUUUCCCCUUUUAAAAAUCACUAUAAGUAACUUAAAAACAGCAUUUUGUUUUUACAGAGUUUCUAUUCAUCUGAUAUUCAGUUUAGUUUGAUAUCGUGAAACAUUUAAGUGUGAC